AUGCCUAAAAUCAGAAAGCCAACAAAUAAAAAUCACAUCGAUUCCAAGGUUAAUAAUAAUAAAGAAACUAAUAUUGACUAUAAUUAUGUUCUCAAACCGGCGUUCCCUUCCUCCUUAUCUUUAAAUGACAUUAUAAGUGUUAUUAAAGCACCUAACAAUAAUAAAAAAGCAAAAACUUUUCCGAAUGCUUUCAUCACGUAUAAAAAGGCAUUAAUUAAAGAAAAUCGUAAUAGAAACAUCAAAUUACCUCCCAUGGGCCAACUUUCUAAAAUUGCAUCAUGUUAUUGGGAUGAAGAACCAGAAAACGUAAAGGCAUUUUACAGCAAGCUAUCUGAGGAAGCUAAAUCUUUGUAUAAGCUGGAGAAUCCGAUUCAAAUUUUAUUUGAUAAAAAUAUGAAUGAAGUUGAGGUUUCACGUGUAAUUAAUAAAGCUGGCUCGAAUUAUGUCAAUUAUAUCCAAGGCAAUGAGGAUCCUGUUGAAAAUAUGCAAAGUUCAACAAAUGGGUAUCUUCCGAUUGAAGAUAAUUCUGCCAGCGUUACGAAUUUUUUCCUCGACAACAAUUAUAUCAAUAGUUCCCAAGCUAGUUUUCCUAAUAGUAACUUUUUCGAAGACCCGUAUUUAAUGAAUCAAGUUCCUAACGAUCAAGAGGAUAUUAAAAUGUUGGAAUGCGAGAGCGUGCAGUUUUCACCUCUGCAAGUUGAUUCAGAUUAUGUCACUUUUACCCAAGGUUUUGAGGUUCCCGUUGAGGAUAUAAUCUUUACGCCGAACUCGUAUCCUCUUAUUGAAGAUUAUUCCACCUGUAACAAUCGAGAGUAUGGAAUGGAACAUAUUUUUACCGACUUCUUAUUGGUUGAAAAUAAUCAAAAAAAUGUUUCAACAUAUGGCGCAGACUCGAAUUAUAUCAAUUAUGGAACUGAGGAAGUUCUUCCCGUUGAAAUGUAA